AUGGCAUCCAGCGCCACGAUCAAGGCCAUUGAGUCUAGCACAGUUCGCCUAGAACCCAUCCAUCAAAUUCAAUCUGGCCAAGUCAUCGUCGACCUUUGCUCUGUGGCAAAAGAGCUGGUAGAAAAUAGCAUCGAUGCGGGAGCUACCACCAUUGAUGUUCGGUUCAAGAACCAAGGUUUAGACUCAAUCGAAGUCCAGGACAACGGCUCCGGUAUUUCAUCACACAAUUACGAGUCUAUCGCGCUAAAACACUACACCUCCAAGCUCGCAAGCUACGAUGACCUCUCGGAGCUGCAAACCUUUGGCUUCCGGGGUGAGGCCCUAUCCUCGCUCUGCGCCUUGUCCCGCUUCGCCGUCGUGACGUGUACCCAGGAAGACGCCCCGCGCGCCACCAAACUCGACUUUGAAACUUCUGGCAAACUCAAGAGCACCGGCGUUGUCUCGGGCCAGCGGGGAACCACGGUUAUCAUCGAGGAUCUCUUCCGAAACCUGCCUGUCCGCCGCCGGGAGCUGGAACGGAACAUCAAGAGGGAAUGGGGAAAAGUGAUCAACUUGCUAAACCAGUACGCGUGUGUGCAGACCGGCGUCAAGUUUACCGUUUCGCAACAACCCACUAAGGGCAAGCGCAUGAUCCUGUUUUCAACCAAGGGGAAUCCUACCACCCGCGAGAACAUCAUCAACGUAUUUGGAGUAAAAACCAUGAACGCCCUGAUCGGGAUGGACCUCAAAGUCGAACUAGUACCGACGGCAGGACCCUUAAACAAAGGCAAGGCGCGCGCUGAUGGAAGUGCCACCGAAGUCCGGGUCCUUGGCCAUGUGUCUCGUCCAACGCACGGCGAAGGCCGGCAGACACCCGACAGGCAGAUGUUUUACGUCAACGGCCGUCCCUGUGGCUUGCCCCAGUUUGCGAAGGUGUUCAACGAGGUCUAUCGGUCCUACAACGCGUCUCAGUCGCCUUUUAUCUUUGCAGAUAUCCAAUUGGAUACGCAUCUUUACGACGUGAAUGUCAGCCCGGACAAGCGAACUAUUUUGUUGCACGAUCAGGGGCAGAUGCUUGAUAAUCUGCGGGAAUCACUUGUUGAACUCUUUGAGACGCAGGACGUCACGGUUCCUGUGUCCCAGGUAGCGGCGUUGAAACAGACGCCCUUCAAAACGGCGAGCGGCCGGGCGUGGUCAGUAGCUUCUGUUAAGGGCAGCAGCGCGGCUAAGAGCAGGGCUGCCCCCGAGAGUGAAGACGAGGAUAACAUUGGCGAUGUGGCGGAGGAGGAAGGUGCAAGUGAAGAGGAACAUGACGAGCUACCGGCCAAAAAGAAAACGUCAUCUAAACCCGCAACUUCGUCAAGAACGGUCACGCUGUUGUCUCGCUGGAUUGCGAAUAGUCCCGACAGUAACAAACGCUCAGCAUCGACUCGCAAGGACGAACCCGAGAGCGAGGAGGAGGAGGAGGAGGAGGAGGAGGAUGAAGAGCCAAGCAGCCGAGGAGCAGGUCCAGCAGCUGAAUCCAACGCGAAUGAUGAGUCUGAGGGCAAGGAUGUAGCGCGGCAGCGGACAUUGGGACAGGGAGAGGCGGAAGGUUCGGACGACCAGCCACCUCAUAGUCCACGACUUGGUAGCGGCCCGACCCAGUCCUCGGUUCUUGCGAUUGCUCCGCCAUCCCAACCACCAGAGCCAAGAGCAAUCAACACAACUGCCACCCGGCUGUCUAAACGGACUACCUCAGAGGUAGCCACCAUCACUAUCGGGGACCGCACUGUAACGAGCGUAAUCGGAAAUCCGGCGAAGCGGCUCAAGGUGGACGAGCCUACACGAUCAUCGAAAGUGGCUACCACGAAGGGGAAGAAAAAGGCGCCGCUGCCGUCGUUCGGUGGACGUCUUUCCCAAAUGUUCUCUGCCUCGGCGAAUCCUAAUUAUGAUGCUGAAGAGAAUAUUGAGGACCUGUCAGACCCGGACGAAGACAUGGAGGAGGAUGCGGAAGAUUCCUCUGAGGCGCUGAGCGAGGAUGGCCAAGACGAAGAGGAAGCUCUCUUCGUUUCCCAAGAUGAAAACGAGGCACGGGAUGGUGGGGAUGCUAAAGAAGCAGAAGAGGGCUCUGGGGAAACCCAAGAUACAGAGCAAACGGGGGAUACCGAGUGUUCCAGCAGGCCGGUCACUCCAGAUGAGCCUUUGGCUCAUUCACCAUCCUGCCGCCAUGACAACCCUGAGGAUGAUGGAGAUGAUGUCGAGGAUGACGUAAAGACGGCCAAUGAGGACCAAGGGGCGCAAACUAUGAUUGAUGCCGCAGCGUCUGCCGCAGCCGGGCCGAGCGAGGAGGGUGAGAAGCGAUCGGAGGUGUUUGUCAAGGGACGGCCAAAACGCAAAGACAUGACCCUGAACCUGGCGCAACAAGUCAAGAUCAACACACAGGAGAUCCAGCGCCGCAUCACCAGCCUAGCAGAUCACUUACCAGCCGCCGCGAGCAGCCAUACACCGGACGUGAAGCCGGACGGUCUUGACGCCGACGAUGCGGAGGAGAGACUAUCACUAAAAAUUUCGAAAUCCGACUUUGCCCAGAUGCGCAUCGUGGGGCAAUUCAAUCUUGGGUUCGUCCUUGCCGUCCGCGAAGCGCCUUGCCCUACUACCGGGCGCGAAGACACUGGCGAAUCUCCAAACGAUGACGAUGAGCUUUUCAUCAUCGACCAGCACGCCUCAGACGAGAAAUACAACUUCGAACGCCUCCAAGCUACCACCACGGUCCAAUCCCAACGUCUCGUUCAGCCCAAAACCCUCGACCUGACCGCACUCGAAGAAGAAAUCAUCCUCGAACACCUUCCAGACCUCGAGCGCAACGGUUUCACCGUGCACGUCGACACAUCCGGCGCCCAACCCGUCGGAUCGCGCGUGCAGCUUCUCAGCCUCCCGCUCAGCCGCGAAACCACAUUCUCCGUCGCCGACCUCGAAGAGCUUAUCUUUCUGCUGGCCGACAACCCCACCUCCAGCGCCAGUACGGUCCCUCGGCCGAGCAAGGUGCGCAAGAUGUUUGCGAUGCGGGCGUGUCGGAGUAGCAUCAUGAUCGGGCGGGCGUUGUCGCGGCGGCAGAUGGAAAAGGUGGUGCGGCACAUGGGGGAGAUGGAGCAGCCGUGGAAUUGUCCUCAUGGACGGCCGACGAUGAGGCACCUGUGUGGGCUGGGAGGGGCGUGGGAUGGGAAGGGGUGGAUGGAGGGUGAAGGAGAGAGGACGGAUUGGGGUGCUUGGGCGAGAGAGAGGAAGGAGUGA